AUGCCAAAUUGUGCCGAUAGCAGAGGACCUCAGCUGCUGCUGUUUACUACUGCCAGCACACAUUCCACUACAGACUACAGUGCCAGCCACCCGGAGAGGGAGAGAGCCGGGAGAGGGGGAGAAGCAGCCAUGCGGUGGUGCUACGUGGGGAAGGCGACCAAGAUCUUCUUCGCCGUCGUGGCCGCGCUCGCUGUCGUCGGUCUCAUCGUUGCCGUCGGCGCCGUCAUCCACCGCGCCAAGUCCCAUCGCAACUCGGGCGCCGCCUGCGCCACCGCCGCCGGCGGGUGUCAGCCAGUCCCGCCCGGGACCGUCAGCCAACAGCCAUCCAUGCCUUCCACCGCGGUCACCGCUCCGCCGCCGCCGCCAAAUCCCACCUUUCCUGCCCCGGGAACCGCCUUACCGCCGCCGCAGUCGCUGGUGCCCCCUCUGCAGCCCCCACCAGCACCAAUUGCGUCGCCCUCGCCGGCCACAUUUGCGUCCCCGCCGCCUCCGGACGUGCUGGUGCCGCCGCCACCACCAAUCGCACCACCGGCGCCGGAAUUUGCGUCACAGCCGCCUCCGGCUGCGCUGGUGCCGCCGCCACCAGCGAUUGCGCCACCGGCGCCGGAAUUUGCGUCACAGCCGCCUCCGGCUGCGUUGGUGCCGCCGCCGGCAUCCGCGUCACAGCCCCCUCCGGUCGCGCUGGUGCCGCCACCGCCGGCCCCGGAUGCGCCGAGUCCGACGGCGUCCUGACUCAGGUCGCCGGUUCUUGACUAUUGAUGACUCGAUCUCAGAGCAGAUUCAGGUUGUAGGGCACUGAUUCAGGUUCAGGACAUGGAAUUAGUCUGCUGUCUUUCCUUUUCAAUUGCCGGAUUAAAUCCUUCAUCACCCCCCAUCCCACAUCGAGAUUUCACCGAUUCAAGUCGCAUCUUGUUAUAUUUGUAAUUCUGAUUCUUGUUUACUCUAUGAUGACAGUCUCGUGCUCCUCAAUGCAAAUCACUUAAAGCAAAAUCUUAGAAUAUCAUUUCUUGAUGGAACCGGUGCUCUUAUGGGUGCCAAUUGAAUUGACCACCUUGAGUUGGUCAUCGAGACAAGGACUGGUCUAUGACUCACGUUGACCAUCUCUGAUGUUGCGCGUCACUGUUAGAAAUCAUUGCAAAACAAGAGAACGGUCAGAUAUUGCUACGGGAGAAAAUUAGCGCAUUCAACAAACAUCUGUCAUCAUUCAUUGCUCUACUGUCUUGCUGUACA